AUGACAGCUAUAGCGAUGCUUGUAGUCAGUAUCGAUCGAUUGAUUUCAAUCAUCAGACCUAUUUUUUAUUAUAAAAAGAUGUUGAACAUUCAGCAUUAUCUGAUAAUUAGCAGCAAUUUAUUAAUUUUUCUACUAAUAUCUGCAAGUGUAGUUUGUUCAUAUUUAAACAAUAUCAGCGUCGAUUCAUUUUGUUGGACACCAAAUAGUCGAUGUCCAAUAUUUAAUCGUAUAUAUUACGGUACACGUAUUAGCGCUGCUGUUGGAAGUAUUGUACUUUACAUUAUCACUUUGUUUAUCGUACGACGAUACAACAAAGGAGUUAAAAAACGACAGAAUACUCAAUCAGCUAAUAUAAGUAAGCGUCAGUUAAAAUUUACAAAAACGGUAGGUUUAUCAUGCAGUGCAACUGCUAGCCUAUACGUUUUGCCUAUGAUUGUGGCAUUCUAUGAGAUAAGCGAAGAUAAAAUACCAAAUACUCUUUUUGUAAUUAUUGUUCUAAUCUUCUGUUUGAAUUCAUUCUCGAAAACAGUAAUUAUUGGCUAUCGCUUAUAUGAAAUUCGAGAAUCUAUCAUUGAUCUAAUGCCAAGCGUAUUUAGUAAAUUUGGAAUACAUAAAACACGAACUGUAAGUGUUGUUGAAUUCAAGUCACGGCAAAGAGUUAAUGCAACUAUUAUGACAACUAAAUAA